CCAACUUUCGUCAAGGAACUCGGGAAAAGUGUUUUUGAUUCGAGAGAGGAGUUGAGUUUUGGACACUGUUUUCUAUUAUAAUCGGACGUAAAUAAAAUACUACAUCGACAGUUGUAUUCUGUAAAAAUGGUCGGGGUAAAAGUAAUCGGGAAUGAUUCAGAAUUUCAACCUGAGUUAACAGCCGCCGGUUCGAGACUUGCCGUAGUGAAGUUCACAAUGGCAGGGUGUCGACCCUGUGUCAGAAUAUCCCCCGCUGUCAACAUGUUGAGUAACAAGUACCCACACGUGGUUUUCCUUGAAGUCGAUGUACACGUCUGUCAGGCAACGGCUGCCGCCAACAACAUCUCUGCCACGCCAACGUUUUUGUUUUUCCGUAACAAAGUGCGCGUCGACCUGUAUCAGGGCGCAGAUGCCUCAGGACUAGAGGAGAAGAUCAAGCAGCAUGUAGAAAACGACCCUGGAAGCAACGAGGACUCAGACAUUCCCAGGGGAUAUAUGGACCUGAUGCCGUUUGUGAACAAAGCCGGCUGCGAGUGCCUAAACGAGAGCGACGAGAGCGGCUUUGACAACUGCUUAGUCAAGGACACCACCUACCUGGAGUCCGACUGCGAUGAGCAGCUCCUCGUUACGAUGGCCUUUAACCAACCUGUCAAGCUGUACUCCAUGAAGCUGCAGACCUCUGACUUCGCCCAGGCACCAAAGUGUGUGAAGAUCUUCAUUAACCUUCCUCGCUCCAUGGACUUUGACGAUGCUGAGCGGAGCGAGGCCACCCAGACCCUGGACCUGGCCGAGGAGGACUUCAAGGACGACGGGUUGAUUCCGCUGAGAUACGUGAAGUUCCAGAACGUUCAGAGCGUCACGAUGUUUGUGAAGAACAAUCAGGGGGAUGAAGAGACGACUAAAAUCAAUUACCUUACUUUUAUUGGGACCCCUGUACAAGCAACAAACAUGAAUGACUUCAAACGGGUAAGAUCUGGCAUUUCUACCAACAGAGUAUCAGAGUAUUGUGUCUAAG